AUGACGCUUGCCGCUUCACAUGGACGCAGCCGCAUCAACAUGGCACAGGCUCCCGCCCCGACGCCAGCGCCCGACCUGCGCGCCCGAGAAGAUCAAGCAAGCAACCCGGGGCCCAUUACGACAGAGAUGGCCACCUGCGGCUUCUGGGACGGCGAUUCUGCCCUUCCAAACGACUGGCCCGGGCACACUUGUCGCCUAGAGCCGAGUCUCAGCAUGUACCAUUGGUGUCCGACUAGCAUCACUAAAGGUCACAAGGAUUACAAAAGCUGCGCACCGAUUGCCAAAUGUCAAGAUAUGUACAACUGCUAUAAGGGUUGUGGGGCAUCAGAGUCUGUGAGGGAGGCAUUGACUGUCACAUGCUCGGAAACAAGCCUUGCCUGUUUUGUUGAUUUCUUUACACUCGGGCCGGGAACCAUAUACUCCGAGAGGGGAUGUGCUUUGAUCAACGGAGAUUUGACAAGGCAUAUGUCAACCAACACCAUGGGAGAGGAUGAGCUCAAAAGCUUUUAUAGGACGAAUACGUUCGAGACCCCGAGCCUCACGCAAAUGACGACCUUUGAGAACAUUCAAUCUCAAAAAGCCACGUCGCCGACACUAUCGACGAGCGCAAGCCCGGCUUCUUCUACCCUGGGUUCUUCGGUGAACAAUACCGCAACCUCGUCGACGUCGAGUCUGAAGACUUUCCAGGGUUUUCAGAGCCCUACGUCGAGCUCGUUGGUGCCUACUGCGAGCAGUACAGACAGUGAUGGGGCUGCUCCAGGGCAGAACUCGGCAUGCGAGCUGCCUCUGAGCGGGGCCCGUGUAGUUUCUUCUUCUUUCCUGAAGAAUGCUAACUCUACGCUUCGAUCAUUGUCCAGCACAAUGAUGCCCGGCACUGCUUCAACGACGGUCGCCUUGAUCGUCUCCUCCGCUGUGGCUGCUCUCGUCUUGGGCAAAGCAUGGAGACUCUACGACUUCUUCUUUUGCCCUCCAAAGCAACCGCUUCAUAGGUACAAGAUAUUCGAGGCAUUGCCAACCAAGGAAAGCACUGAACCUCCUACCGAAAACAAUGCCUGGGCACUCAUCACGGGUAGCAGCGCCGGUAUCGGCUUUGGAUACGCACACUAUCUCCUCUCUCACGGCUUCGGCGUUGUUAUACUCGCACACGAGAACAUCCCCGCCGCGGUUGAGCAGCUGCGCACGCUGCACCCAGACAUAGCAAGCAAGGACCGCAUCAAGGGAAUCACAAUGAACUGCACAACGGCCAGCCCGGUCGAGAUCAAAAACUUGAUCAGCGAAGUGAGCCAACUACCGAUCACGAUACUCAUCAACAACGUAGGCAGCAUCCCCAUCUCGUACCCGCACAUGCGACCUUUUCGGGACUAUGACGCAGAAGGAAUCGACGCAUGCAUCAACCUCAACGCGCGCUUCAUGACGCACAUGACAUGCCUCAUGAUACCAGUGCUGCGUAGAAACGUCGAGCCGUCAGGCGGCCGCGCUCUCGUCCUCAACGUGACGUCGCAGGCACACCUGGGCAUGCCGUUGCUGAGCAUGUACAGCGCGAGCAAAGGCCACGUGACUGCACUAUCGGCGGCGCUGACGCGCGAGUUCCGCGUUUUCGGCGAGCCCAUAGACUGCCUCUGCAUCGUACCAAACGAGGUGCGGAGCCAGGGCAACUCGGUCGCACCGCCGGGGAGCGUGGUGGAUGUCGACUAUGCGCGCAUGUGCCUGGAGCGGGUGGAAAAGGCGGUGGACAGCGGGAUGACGGCUGUAGUACCGUAUUGGAAGCAUUAUUUGCAAGCGGUGGCUGCGGGAUUGAUCGGGGAGGAGAGAUUUACGGUUGAGGUGAUGAAGGCCAUGGAAGCCAAGAGAGAUGGAUUGGCAAAAAUUUGGGGCCCGGAAGGGUCCGAGGCCAAUAUGGGGUACUCCAUGGGGCUCCGAGUGUUUCGGUUUCGGGGAACCACAUUUUAUUUAGAUUUUCGAACGAGAUCACCAUGUAAGAUCUCCCUUUCCGCAAAUCUCCUGGUCAGGUUGGACUCUGCCACAUUAUUCAUGCUUCUUGGCUCUGAUGUCAUCUCAUUGGUUAAACUCCUUGAAGGCAGCCCCACUUACCCCUUGGUAUGA